UAGUUGAAGUUGUGUUAGCAUAAUCCGUUUUUGGUUAACGUAACCCGAUUAAUUUAUGAUUUCUUUUUAUUUGUAUCACUUAGUAGACGAUCUUGAUAGAUGAACUAAGAUUAACUCAGUUUUUGUCAUAACGUCUUUUUGACGUUAGCGGAAGUCAACAAGGCGCUAGCAGCGUUAGCAUAGUUAGCUCUGUGUUUGUGGCUGUUCAUGUGUGUGUGAGAGGUGAAUGUGUUGAGUGUGUGCAGCAACAAUGUCUUCAGUUCAGUCUCUGAGAGAGUUUAUCAGCGAGCGACUAACUGCUGCUGCUGAAGAAAUAUUCACAGAGUUUGAAAAAACCAUCGUCCGGUACGAGGAAGAGAUCGAUCGUCAGCGCAGACUGCUGGACAUCAGCUGGAAACCUCACACACACCUGCACACAACAGCUCUUCCACGGUGUUGCAUCCACCACCAGGACCUCCAACUCUGUAAUCUGGACAUGAGUUCAGGUCUGGACCAGGAGGAACCAGAAGCUCUGCAGGUGGAAGGUAACGGGGAGGAACCAGAAGCUCCACAGGUCAAAGAAGAAGAUGAAGAAUUCUGCAUCGGUCAGGAGGAAGAGGAGCUGGAACCGAAGGAGGAGUCUGAUACCUUUAUGGUGACUGUUGACUGUGAUGACAGUAAUGAUGAGGAACCAGAACCAUACAGGGACCGACUACUCCCUCAGAAUUCUGCUGAGCCUGGGAACCAGACUCAGGAAGGACUGGAUCAGGAAAAUCCAGGAACGAGCAGAGGUGAUGCUGAAAAUCCUCUGAAAUGUGACAUUUGUGGAAAAGUUUUCACUCAGAGCUACAACAUGAGGGCUCAUCGGAAAACUCACACGGGUGAGAGACCGUUCUCCUGCAACACCUGCGGGAAGAGUUUUAUAAGAUACAACAACCUGCUGGUCCACAUGAGAACCCACACCGGACUGAAGCCAUACUCCUGCAAAACCUGUGGUAAACUUUUCAGCCAGCUCAGCAAUCUGACCUUCCACAUGAAGGUCCACGCAGGUGAAAAGCCCUUUACCUGCACCACCUGUGGAAAGUCUUUCACCUCCAGGGGCCAUUUGACCAUUCACAUGAGGACUCACACAGGUGAGAAGCCAUACCCUUGUGACUUCUGUGGGAAGUGUUUUAUUCAGAGCGGCGGUUUGUCUGCCCACAUGAGGGCUCACACCGGAGAGAGACCGUACUCCUGCGCAAUGUGUAAGAAAACCUUCAAGAGAAGCGAUGAGUUAGCCGUCCAUGCCAGAAUUCACACGGGUGAGAAACCCUUUUCUUGUAAAAUUUGUGCGAAAAGUUUUAGCAGAAGUUGUCACCUUACGAUCCACAUGAGAACACACACAGGUGAGAAGCCCUAUCCCUGCAAAGUCUGUGGGAGAAGUUUCAGCGAGAACCGUAGUUUAAAUUCCCACAUCAGAACCCACACAGGUGAGAGGCCAUACUCAUGUAAAACAUGUGGAAAGAGUUUCACUGACAGCCGCAAUCUGACAGUGCACCUGAGAGUUCACACAGGUGAGAAGCCCUUCUCCUGCAGCGCCUGUGGGAGGUGUUUCUCUGAGAACCGUACCCUCAUGGCUCACAUGAGAACGCACACAAGCGAGAAGUCAUACGUCUGUGAAACAUGUGGGAAAAGUUUCAGCCAAAGUGGUGAAACAAGGCCUGACUGUCCUCAUCGCACAUCGUCCCUCUCACUCCUCCUCAGUGGGACGUCCUCUGUUCAGAGAGGACACGCUCCUGGACACAGACCUUAUGACCUGGAGGAUUUGUUGCCCGAGGAGUUGGAUGGCCUCGAGGACAAAGUCUUCAUGGCUGUAAACCAACCUGUGGCGUUUGAAGUCAUUGAGGCCAGCUCGAACCGCGGCAAAGACAAGCUGGUGGACAGAGAAGGGUUCUGCUACACUGUCAAGAGAAAAUCUGGUGCCGCCACCUACUGGUGGUGUUGUGUGAGGAGAAGGAAUCACCGCUGUCCCGCCACGGUGAUCCAGCGAGGACAGGACUUCAUUCCUGGUAACAAGACCCACAUCCACCCACCAGAACCGGGCAGCGUCUUCACCACCAGGCUGAAAGCAAAGGUGAAGUCCUAUGCUAAAGAACACGUGUUCUGUUCUGCCUCAGCUGUCGUAGAACACGUCAUGGCUGAUUUACAGCCAACCAACUCGUUUAUUGUCCCAAACCCAACCAACCUGGUGAGGCAGGUGAACCGGGCCCGGCAGACCCUGAGACCCAAAGAGCCGACAGACGUGAACUUUCAGGUCUAUCAGGACCAGUUGCAGCUCGUCGCUCCGAGUCGAAGCCUCCAGGAGCAAAAUGGACCAGGCCUGGGGAAGCCCACCUUGAAGAGUCAAAGAGAGAAAAUCAGGGUCUACAACUGA